GAAAAGCGAGAAAGGCUAGCUAAGGAACAGCAGCAUUCCCAGUCCUUCUAGGCCUAGAAACACCAUCAAAAUCAUCCAAAAAAUCUUUUUUUGUUUUGGAACACUCUUUUCCUUUCUCAAGCCCCUCCGAAUUACCGAAGUCCCAGCAUACAGGCUGCACAGCGCCGUUCUCCGUCUCUGAGCUCCAGCAGUCCAGCCUCUAGUUCUUCGGCGGCUCGGCCCUUGAGGCUUGAUCAGUUGCUGCGUUGCUGGGUUAUUCACGCCAGUCACUCCACCGAAUCUAGGAUGUUAAAGAGGCGUUCUAAUAAAACCCAAUUCAUCUCCAAAUUGAUAAAAUCCAAAUUGAAAUUGAUAAAUCACAGUUCUUGGGUUUACUGAAUUUGUGCGUGUAGUUUUCUAGCUAGUCAUUCAUUUAAUUCAAAUACCAAUUCUGACAUCAUUGCUUGGAAUUUGGGAUGAUAUCGAUCCAAGUCCAUCGUUUGAUGUGGUAUAAGGAGUGUGAGGCAAAUUUUCUUCGCUGUAAAAUCCUGUGUUACUGAUUAAACUGAAGAGACCUAUACCAAAAUGAAAAUUAUUUUGAUUGAAGACAGGAGCUACUUGCCUACUACGUACUAUAUCGAUAUUUAGCUGUAUCUAAUGAAUUUGUGGGUUCGCUGAAUUAGGCUAAUACAUCUGAGUGGAGAUGCCUGAAUAUUGAUUUCUUUUAGUCGUCCUCCUCUGUGCAGGAACUGCUAAACCUGUUCAAGUUUCCAUCAAUAUUAUAGUAUAGUUUGAAACCUCAUAACUGACUCACUUUGGUAUACAAAUAUGGUACUCAUAUAUAUGGAGAUGAUGUAUUAAGGUGAUUGGAACACUGCAUUGUAUUCUGGGCUGAUCAAAAGUCAAACAAAACUGAAAAGCAUUGGAGUUUCAAGCUCUUUUAAGAUGUUUAAUUUUUCCUUGGAUUCAUUCCUUCAAGCUGUUUUCUACUCAUGUUGCAUCAUUCACCGUCGAGAUUCUCUACUAAUUUUUUUUUCUUUUUCUUUUCCUUUGUUAAGAAGUUCAAGCCCCACCGAGCUUGUAAUCCUGGAUCCACCCCUGAAUAGGACUAUUGAUAUGUAAUAUGUGGAGGGAAAGCCUUGCAUACUGCUAUGUAGUUGCCAGCAUAAUGGUUCUAUGAAGUUCUCUAUUUUUGUAGACAGACACAAGAUCAGUAUUGGCGAUUGUGCUCUUUGCAAACCUCCCCAAAAUUCCCCAUAAUUCAGAUAAGGCCUUGUAUUGCCUCUGCCCGUAGCAUCAACUCUUUUCUGCAAUCAGCUAAACAGUCCCACUAUCAAAAAAAUCAUCUCCACCAGCAAUGGGGAACCCAGAUACAUGGCGUUGCCAGAAUUGCGGCAAUGUGGGGCUAGAAGAUGGCGAUGAUGGCUUCUUCUAUUGCACCCAGUGCAACUCACAAGCCGAGGACUUCAUGGACACCGGCGUGGCGGAUGAGGACUUCCUCGACCAGACUGGCAACCCAUUUGGAGGCCUCUACUCUGCUCGUCACACCCGUCGCAUUAACAGCUCUGUUGUCAAACCAGAGCCCCUGUCUGAACCCUUAGACGACUUGUCACCUCAUUAUCAGCUGUUUAGUCAAAGCCAAGCUAAAACUGAAGAUCAGGAUCCCAUAGGGCUCGAGGAUUUUUCAUUUGAUGGGAGAAAGAAUGAGGACUAUUAUGGAUGGAUUAGGCUUAGGUAUGUGAUGGGAUUGCAACGGAUGAUUGAGCUCCAAUGUGAGGCUUUGGUCACGGAGUUAAAGGUAAAUCCCUUGAUAUGUGGUUUGGCUGGGACCAUUUGGCUCCGCUUCUUGGCUGGGACUCAGGUUUUCAAUGAUGAUUGUUCUGACCAGAUCUUUGACUCUAAUGAGUCUGAGAUCCGCCAACAAGGAGAACCACAUGAAAAUUUGAAGAUGCCUUCUAGAAGCCAUGCACAACAUCAUGCAAAGUAUGACCCUCAAGCAGUGAAGGCGUGGUUUAGGUCCUUGAAGAAGAUUAUACCACUAUCUUAUACUCUAGCUGUUUCUUUUUUGGCUUGUCAUCUUGCCAGGGAAGCAGUACUGGCAACCGACAUGGUAAAAUGGUCCCUAGAAGGAAAGCUCCCAUAUUUUGCUGCUUUUCUUGAAAUUGAAAAUGAUCUGAAACAGUUUGGACAGCCUUCACGUGCCUGCCCAAUAAGUUCAAGCUUGAUGUUUAGGCCUUCUGAAUCAGUUCCAGUGCAGAAGCUAGAAUCACUAGCGGUGUCUGUUGCUGGGUCCAUAGGCUUGGACUUACCUCCAGUCAAUUUCUAUGCUAUCGCUUCUCGCUUUCUAAAUAAGUUAUCUCUUCCGGUCGAAAAGAUUCUCCCUCAUGCGUGCCGCAUAUAUGAGUGGUCAAUGCCUCCAGAGUUAUGGUUAUCUACAAACGAGUUGAGGCUUCCAACUCGUGUUUGUGUGAUGUCAAUACUGAUUGUAGCUGUGAGAAUUCUUUAUAAUAUUCAUGGUUUUGGAGAAUGGGAAAGAAGUUUGUGCAGUCGACAUGCUUCAUCUUCCACAUCUAACAAUUGUGGAGAUGAGGACCCCAGAUCCAGUUGCGAAAUGAAGGAUGAUGCUGAUAAGGAUUCAGAAGCUCUGCCUCACAGUAAAGAUGAUUCAGAUACAAACUUUCUUAGAAACUUAUCGCAUGCGCAUAACUCUAAGUUGGAUACUGCAGAACUUUUGGCCAACCUUGAAGCAAGACAUAAUGAAAUUGCUGAUGACUAUGAAUAUUGCAAGGACUUGCCAACAUAUCUCCAGUUCUGCAAGGAUACAGUCUUUGCUAGAUCAGAACCAUCGCGUAAGGAUGCCAAGGAGGAAAAGUUAAUUGAAUCUUUAUGGAACUUCUAUCAAAGUGGAAAGGAUCCUGAUACUGCAGUGGGGCAAGGAUUGCAUAGUGGUAGAACUGAUGACCAGAAAAGACCAAGGUAUAAUGAAGAAUGCACUAGUAGUAGUCCAUCUAGAGAAAAGAAGCUUAGGACGCCAUCCUCCAAUGACGAAACUUCUCUCGCAGAUGACCAUAAGAGGAGCCAAAAUGGUGCUCAUUUUGGUGAUAGCUCACAGAAUAAGAACUCAGAAGUGAAUGACCAAGAAUUAGCUGAGACUCUCAAAGAGGAAGCCAUUAAUAGAAUGAAAUUAGACAUGGAGGAGAAGAGGUUCUGUUAUAUUCCACCAAGGGUGAAUCUCAAAAGAUUUGAUUACCUUCACUAUGUGAGGAAGCAGGAUGAAGGUGCCUACACUUACGUUGCACAUGCUGACUACUACAUACUGCUUCGUGCUUGCUCUAGAGUUGCCCAAGUUGAAACUCGGUGUAUGCACAUUGGGGUGUUGAGCUUUGAGAGGAGACUGGCUUGGUUGGAGAAGAGAAUCGACCACUGCUUGCACUUGACCCCUCCUAUUGUAUCAUGUGAUUAUUGUACUGACAUGGUUCCUGAGAACACUACUGAUGCAGAAACAAUUGUUGAGGAAUCGAUUGGACUUUCAAAUUUGAAUAUAUGAGUUUAUUUAUUGUUUCCUUCUUUUUGGAAGGCUAUCAGGCAUA